AUGAGGGCGCUCGCACAGCUUCACAUUGUAGCCGCCCUGGCUGUGGGAUUCUUACCCUUUGGCCUUUCCCAGACCUGCUCUGAAACACAGAAAUGCAAAUCAGGAUGUUGUAGCAAGUUUGGAAGUUGUGGGUUUGGUCCAGAUUUCUGUUCGGAUGAUGUGUGCAUCUCUUCUUGCGAUGCAAAGGCAGAAUGUGGAAAGUACGCGCCUGAAGGCAAAGAGCACUGCCCACUCAACGUUUGCUGCUCGAAAUUUGGGCAAGUCUCACUCUCUACAUUACAUGCGGAGGAGCCUCAAGCAGUGGCCGAUAUGUUGGCUACUACGGUAGUUGAGACAUUCAAGAUUAAGGCGAUGCACUCCCGGGACUCUGAUUUUUACAAAAAAUUUGUUAAUCUCAAACAAAAAGCCCAUUCGGUUAAAACAUCUUUAGCCGUUGGCGGAUGGGAUGUGGGCGGAAAAGCAUUUUCGGAUAUGGCUCGCUUCCCUGGUUCUCGAAAGGCCUUUAUAAACUCAGCAGUCGACCUAAUAAAGUCAUAUGGUUUCGAUGGUAUAGAUAUCGACUGGGAGUAUCCUGCUGCAGAUGACCGCGGGUACCUACGCGGCUUCGAUCUCCCCGGAAUGGCAAAAUAUGUUGAUUGGUUUAACUUUAUGAGUUACGAUAUCCAUGGUGUCUGGGAUGGGGACAGCCCUUUUACUAGCCGCGUUAUUGCUCCCCAUACCAACUUAACAGAGAUCUCUAGUGGUUUAGAUCUUCUCUGGCGUAACUCGAUCAGCCCGUCUCAGGUUUCACUUGGUCUCGGUUUCUACGGUCGGUCCUUCACCCUAGCUAACCCGUCUUGCACCGUACCGGGGUGCCCGUUUGCCGGUUCAGGCGGCGGGACCGGUGGUGGAGAACCUGGCUCCUGCACGGGUGUGAGUGGCACUUUAUCCAACUAUGAAAUUGAAAGGAUUUUGCAUCAUCUGUCUCCCAACAGAGUGUAUGACGAGGAAGCUGGAGUAAACUGGAUGAGCUGGAAAUUAAACCAAUGGGUAUCAUUUGAUGAUACUAGAUCUCUUCGUCGAAAGGCAGAUUUUGCAAAUCAACAUUGCCUCGGCGGACUAAUGGCAUGGUCUGUCGACCUCGGUGGUCCUGGCACCCUAGGUAAUCCGAAUAGUUUCGAUCCACAAAGUACCGAAAUCGGAGGUGCCAGCCUGGAUGGUAGAGGUAUUACCGACGGCGGUUCUGGCGAGGUCUUCAUUUCCCCUGAUAUCUAUCGGGAGCCAAGGCCAGUCAUAAACUGCUAUCCACCGUGCACAUUUAUCUUGCCACCGUUUAUCUUGAAUAACACAGUCACUAUCUCACUUCCGCCAUGGACUACCUCCCUAGCUGUUGGAUGGACAACCACUUCGACAACUACACUUCCUGGUGGCUCAGUUUCGACCUCAACCGGUUUUACCACUGUUAUACAGACAACUACUCUCACUAUCCCACCAAUCACAACCACCGCUGUUGAUGUUUGGAAUUAUAUAAUAACUGAUACCGAAAUAAUAACGCCCACAGUCCAACUUACAAGAAGCAUAAUACCCCCUCCAUUGACAAUUACAAAUAACCCUAACCCGGAAAUAACCGUGAAGCCAGGACCUCCUGGUCCCCUGUGUAAAUCAGGAUGCGGAACAAAAUGUCAUAUCUUUUGCAAUGGGCUGUGCUGGCCUUCCUGUUCUGGCAAGGGAAGUAGCGGUGGUGAUGGAUUUUUUGACCCAAACGACCCAAACCGGCCUCGUACUCCAGAUCCUGAUAAUCCCGACAGCCCUGAUGAUACCAAAAAGGAUCCUUGUGACCCCGAUUUUGAUUCUUCAAGUGGCCUAUGCCCGACCGGCAAUUUCCCCAUUUGGGAUCCAUCAACAAGGAUGGUCCGCUGCGAUGUCCCUAACUCUAUGGUCAAUUCACAAAAGUCGCCAUGCCAGAAAAUGAUUGACGACAACUUUGACGAAAAUCGGCAAAAACUUGAAGCUGCUAAACAAUGUUGCCCGAAUGGAGCCGGCAGCAGUUUAUUUGGACGACGAGCGGAUGCCACUUGCUCCACAACACCACUAACGGAGUACUUUGAGACUACCCCCCCUGAUAAUGGGAAAUGUCACGCCACUUUCACUUGUGACUAUGCUGAAUGGCCGAAUGUUUGUGCCAAUGCGCGAUCUGCUAUAGAGAAAAGAGGGAAGACUUCGAUUUUAACCGCUGGCGUCCGGCGAAACAUUGAAGUAACACAUCCUUGGUACCAUGGUAAAUUCCAGUCGGGAGAAGGAUUACAACGCGGUAGCCCGCUAGCCGGAUGGCAACUCAAAGGUAAUAUCUAUGCUCUACUUAAAGCGUCGGACUCGGAGUGCUCUGCUAACACCGAUAUAGAUUGCAAUGUUGAAGAAUAUCCAUUUUCAUCAGGGGAUCCCUUAAAGGAACCUAAGCUGGAUGUAUGGGAGGAACAAGCAGUCCUACGGCUUGUUCCCAAGUCUGAAAAUUCAGCACAUGCGUUAGCGCUGAGAAACUUCUAUUUCGAUAGUGCUAAUGCGAUCGGCGAAAAAAGUUAUACUGGUCUCAAAUAUUGGAAUGCGUUUUUACUAAUAAAUGGGGCAAAAAUGAGGAAAGGUGAAAGAAGAUGGGACCCAUGGUGGGAUGAUAAGCUCUUUGAUCACACUAUCCGCCCCGGUAUAAAGACAACAAAUGUGCCCAGUCAGUACUGCGAUCACCCUUCUCCAGGGAAGAAAACUCACAUUGGUGGCGUCUGGACAACCGUCGACGAUAGAGGUAUUACAGUUGGCGAGCCCCUGGAUCGACUACCCAGCGCUUCUUAUAGCUGUGAUGACUAUCCUGGCUAUAUCCACUCAAUCAAACGGUCUGUCAGGGGUCGUCGUUCUCGAAAAGGGAGCCAAGUUGGUGGUUCACCACUAUCUAGAAUUUCUACGACUAAAAACACCAACAGCACCGAAGCUGCACAGACCUGGAUGAUGAUGACCCGUGUGCCAGAGAUGCAAACUGUGCCACAGAUCCAGACCUCGGUGAUGUAG